GCACAAUCUUCUGUUCAUGAGCACGAGCUGAAACUCCCAGGACAGGCUGAGGCUGACAUCAGCUGACAAUAGUUCUAAUAACUCAGGAUACCUGCCAGCUAAGAACUCAGGAUGACCAGUGUGUUUGCAUAUCAGAGUUCACAGGUUGACUGGUGUGAAGAUAAUUUUCAGUUUUCAGAGAAAGUUGCUGAGUUUUAUAAUACGGUCAGCAAUGUGAGUUUCUUUAUAUCUGCCCCUAUAAUGAUGUACCUAUUACACCCCUAUGCUCAAAAGAGGAACAGAGCUGUGUAUCUCAUCUGGGUCAUGGUGAUGCUAGUAGGUUGCUUCUCUGCAUACUACCACAUGACCCUGAGCUUCUUUGGUCAACUGCUGGAUGAAUUAUCAAUCCUGUGGGUGUUGGCUAUCGCUUACAUGCUGUGGUUUCCUAAGAGACACUUAAAGCUCAUCAAAAGCAGGAAAUCUUUUUCAUUGAUUGUCUUUCUCAUCGCACUGCUGAGCACAGUCCUGUCAUUUUAUAGACCAACAGUGAAUGCUUAUGCACUGAACACUGUUGCCUUGCAUGUCAUUUAUGUGAUUACGCUUGAACUGAAAAGCUGUACGGACCAAAGAAUAAUUCAUCUUGCCUUUGCCACCGUGGCUUGGUGGCUGGUAGCAAUUUCUUGCUGGCUAAGUGAUCGCUUACUCUGUGCUUUCUGGAGACAGAUUAACUUUUACUACCUCCAUAGCUUCUGGCACGUGCUGAUUAAUAUGGCAGUUAUCCAUGGUGCAACGCUGUUUGCAUAUUUUGAUGCAUUUUAUGAAAUUCCAGAGACCAAACCAGAAGUGAAGUAUUGGCCCGAAAACUGGCGAUUCCUUGGUCUGCCAUAUCUUGCUAUAACAACCAAGCAUCCUUUCCAAAAAAUCUUUUGACGGGGUUGUGCAAGGUUAAAUCAUGUUACACACAUUAUUAUUCAAUGCCUACAUAUAUUAGCUAUGAGGUUCUCAUGUGGGAAUGUUAAUUAUGGUCAAAGGAAUGAGUCUAAUGUGAAAUGAUUUAUUUGUCACACUGUUAGUUAUUACUAUUAAGUGGGUAGAAAUGUUGUCAAACUUUCAUGUUUGAAGUACUUACUUCUGUUUCAAUCAUAUCCAAUUGAUUAUGAUUUUAUGAAUUCUGGCUUCAUAGGUGAAGUCGAGAAGCAAUUCUAGCUUCAUAGUUGAAGCCUAGAAGUUAUUAAAAUACCUUCUAACCCAAUGUCAGUAUAAAAGAAGAUACAGGAAACACUCAGGAGAUCAGGCAACACCUGUGGAAAAAUAAAUGGUUAAUGUUUCAGACUGGGGACUUUUUCUCAGAAUUGGGAAAAGUUAAGAGUGGUCCCAGGCAGAGAAGCUGAUAAGGGAAGGGAAGAAUUUAAAGGUGACGCCUGUGAUUGGGUGCAAGGCCAGAGAGUUGAAGAGGCAAAAGGGAUGAUGUUGUGAGGGGACUUUGGAUAAACUGUGAUUGGUUCGCCACCCUCUGUGCUGUAAAUAGAAUACGCUGUGACUGACAACAGAAAUGUCCUAGUAUUAAUUUUUGUCCUGCAUCACUCUUCUUCUUAAUAUUUAAUCUCUCCUGCCUUCCCUCCAUCACUUUUCAGUACCCCCCGCCUUCCCCAUUUCUGUGGACCUUUUUCCAGUUACGGAGUAAAUUAGUGGCCCAAAAUAUCACUUCUGCUUCCCUCUCCAUGAAUGGUAUCUACUGAGUGCUUCCAGCAUCCACAGUAUUUUUCUUUCCAGGUUAACUCUAGUCAAUGUAUAGCAAGGUUUAUAAAAGAGAAAAGCUACUUCUGACAGAGUAUUCCAGUUCGUAGGCAGCCAUCCUUUGUGAGACUGCAGGAGGAAUGAACUCCAAAAAAUGUACUGUGAAUUUCCACCCAUGCUGAACCGAGAGAACCAAGCAAACUGAGGACAAAAUCCAAUAGAACUAUUAAUGAACACCUCCUCUAGAAAUGAUAAGAAUGGUCAUCUUUUUAAGUGUAUCCACUUUAAAAAAAAGUUUGCUGUUACCAAUGCUUAUCACUCAAUACAAUGUAGAACUAAUAAGUCAAUUAGCAAGUCUAAAUAUUGAAAUUCCACAUUCAGUUGUGCAGCUCAGUUUAUAAUACAGAAAGUGGCAGAUUUUAACGUUAAGUCUUAAUGUUUCCCUUUUAUUCUUUUAUAUUAUUCUUCAAAUUCUUAUUCAAUUACAUUUUAAGUAAUGUUGUCAAUACCCACUCAGUUAUUCAAACAAUUUGCAAACUUUUAAUUUUAUAAUAAUUGUCAUUGUGAAAAACCUUCAUUUUAUCUAAUGAUAUACCAGAAAGAAACUUGAUGAACUGGUAUUGUUGCACAACUCUAUGGUUGCUUGUUAAAUUUGACUCCACACCCUAUUACUCAGAAUUCACUAGAGUAGAAAAACCUUCCAUGAUAUACGCAAAAGUUGUCAAAACUCAAUCCUGCUUUAAUUGAUCUCCAAGCCAGUUGAUGACUUUUGUGUUUUUUUUACCAAACUGUAUCCUUAAGACAAACAGAGAGGUGAAUCUUGCUUUGAAACUGAAACUGGAGCAUUGCAACAAGAAUGUAAUGUAGGAUAUGUAGAAUUCCUUGGCCACUCGCAGAAUACCAGUCAAAAACAAUUCAGAAGAUCAGAAAUAAUUGACUAACAGUUUGAAUAUGCAGUAUUAUAUAUUAACAUUCAUACACAGGCCAAGCUUACAACCAGAGUCAUUAUUUUUGACAAUUAAAUAUAUUAAAUUCAAGAAUUUGGUAGAGACCAAGGUAGAGUUUAAUGAGACCAAGAGUACAGCAGAGUAAUGCUUACGUUAUUGAGUGAGCACCUAGACACAUAAGUUCAAAUUCCACAAUGACAGCCGAUGAAUUUAAAUUCAAGCAACUAAAUAGAUCUGGAAUAAGCAGCUAUGGUAAACAUUAAUCUUUCAGGCUGGUGUGAAACCCUUUCUUACUUACUAAUAUCCUUCAAAGAAAGAAAUCCACUGCCCUUUUCAGUCUGGUAGGCUUUGCUCCUCCAGGCCCACAAUAAUAUAUUUAACUCCUAACUGCCCAGCUAACAUUCAGUCAAUAUAUCCAGGCCUUGCUGGUGAGGUCCAUAUUCUGUGAAUGAGUACCUGUCAAUAUGAAUGCAGAGGAAGGUUCUGAGCUCUAUCCAAUAUCCUAUCACUUCCAAUGUAGGAAAGAAAAACACAACUGCUUCCUUCAUUUGCAGCAAGAACCUUUCUGAAGAGUCUGCAGUUACAGAUUCUAGGAGAUUGUUUUCUGUGUAACACUGGGAAUAUGAUCUUGCAGAAAGUGCUGCUCUUCAUCACUACUGUUUAGGGACUGUAAAAUUCUCAAGGAUCAACUUUAUUAACAUUUACAUGAAUUAAGAUUUGCUGUGGAGUGUUGGUCAGAGUGUGAAAUGCAAUAAAAAAACAACAUUCCACAAUUACGAAGAAUUAUAUAAAAAUAAGUUAGAAGUUAAAAGAUAGAUAUAAAAUAAAAAGUGCCAAAGUGCAUAAAUACCAGGAUGUAUUUACAAUGUAAAUAGCAUUGUACAAUUAUUUUAAAUUUCAAACCAGAACAUUGAAAUUCAAAAGCUAUAUGUUUUAUCUAAACCAAGUGUGCAGCCUUCUGUCAGUAUGAGAAGGUACAUCAUCUAGUGUUGGGAAUUUAGUCUACACAUACCAGUUUUGUUCAGGACUAAUACUAAUGCAUGUUUUGGCUUUGCAUCUUUUUCAUUUCCUUUUGGAAGCUACUGGUGACUGGCCAUCUGUGUUCAUGUUGCUUCUUAAUUGCUUUACAACUUUUAAGAGCCUUCUAUAGGGACUACAAAAGCUUCUGAUUCCAGUCUGUCUAUUCCCUUUCUUCCUGGAUCUCUUCCUUCUGUUUUCUUGCCUUUUAAAUUCCCCAUUCCAAUUGACUUACGCAGAUCUGCCUUCCUGGAGAGAAUGAAAAGAUGCUCUUUCCUCUGUCAUAAAAUCCAUGAAAGAAAAUCACUUUCUGGAAAGAACUGCCCUUUAAAAAGUUGUAGUCUCAAGCAUACAUGAAAUAUUUUGAUGAAAGCCAUACUAGCCUGGCUAGUUCAUGUCUCCCAGUGUCUCUGAUCAAUCAGCUACAGAGGGCCAUAAACCAACUCUAUUGUUUAUCUCAUGGCUAACUUCACAAACAAUUGGGCCCCAUCAAUCUGUCUCUUGGCCUGCUGUCAGUUUUAUGACACAUACAGUUCCUGUGUUGGCCACUUGUUGGUUCUCUCAAGUGUGAUUUCCUGUACCUCACAUUCUUUAGAUCUCAGCUUCCUCAGACUAUGCUAUUAACUUUUUAGGGUUUCCUGGAAUUCAUUGCUAGGAGUUCCACAAUUACGAUAUGUAUCCCUCUGCAGAAGCUGUGACAUUUUGGUAUCUUAGCCAUUCUCUCAGCCCCUAUCACAUUUAGUGCCUAAUCUCUCAAGCCUUCCCUGACUGAUUUUAUUCUUCCUAUUAAUUUGCCUGGAAAACAUAGUAGAGUUUUCUUUAGCAUUAUCUAAGCAGAAUUUUUCCAAUCUAUAGUAUUUCUUGUGCACCAAAUGUUGGAUUUCAGCUCAACAUUAAACACCAUGGUGUGGGAUUGGAUUGAACGGCGACGGUCAGAACAAAGGUGCAGGAUUCUCACUGGAAACUCAGAAAGACCCAAUAUGAAGAGUGAACUUUGAUCAAUGGUGACACAAUUGCAUCAUUAUGUUUAUAGUGCGAAUAGUAAGA